CUAUCUGUCUGUCUGUAUGAGAAUCAUCUUUUUUUCAUUCUUCUAUCUUUAAAUGCUUUUUACUCUUUUUCUUUGAUCGAUCAACCGAUUCGAUUCGGUUGCGCCAAGCUUCUUCUUCUUCUUAGUUUGUAUGCUUUCUCGAGCCUCAGAAUUCUCCAGAUACACCACCUCCAACGGUUAACUCGUCGUUUUCCCGUAAAUGUGGAUUGCAAGAAUUUGCCAGGGAUGAUAAGGUAUCUUGAUAGAAAUUGCAGUCCUCUGUGCUGAUGAUCUGCUUCUGCCUGUUGGCAAGAGGAUACCGUUGGAUGUGAAUUUUAUGCGUUUGGGUUUCGACUCUUAUGUUGCUCGUUUCAUUGAGUGGAUUUAAAGAGGUGAUUGUGUUUCAUAUUUAUAAUUGAUUCAAGAUGAGCUGGAACCCUCAGAUGGAAUUUCAUUACCCAAAUUCUGCCAUGCCUUACAACUCCAUUGGAAGCUUCAUGGAUUUCUUUGGAGCCAUGACCUAUGACCAUGUGAACUAUAUCUUUGCCGAUGCUUCAUAUGCUCCAGAGAGUCUUUACCCUUCUGUUUAUACCAAUCAAUACAAGUUCGGGUUCUCUGAAGCUGGGAAUUUCUGUUAUUAUGAUUAUAGUCAUGACCAUGUUUUGAACAAUCAAGUAUCUGGAAAUGAGGUGCAAGAUCGACAUCUAGAAAACCCUUCAACGGUUGCUGAAAGUGAGUCUGUAGCAGCAGAUAUGCACCAACAAGAAAAUUUGGGUGCUAAUUCCAUGGAAUCAGGUCCUCGAGGUCAUCAUAAUACUCGUGUCAAUGAGGUUGUUUGGCAAGACAAUAUUGAUCCCGACAACAUGACCUAUGAGGAAUUGCUUGAAUUGGGAGAGGCAGUUGGAACUCAAAGCAGAGGUCUUUCUCAAGACCUCAUCUCUUUGCUUCCCGUCACAAAGUUCAAACGCGGCCUAUUCUCAAGAAGGAAAUCAAGAACCGAAAGGUGUGUGAUCUGCCAAAUGGAAUACAAGAAAGGCGAUCGUCAGAUCACUCUUCCAUGCAAACAUGCCUAUCACAAAGCUUGUGGCAGCAGAUGGCUCAGUAUCAACAAAGCAUGCCCGAUAUGUUACACAGACGUGGUGAUCAAAGCGCCAAAGCAGUAAAGGUUUUCUAUUUAUAAACAUAGGGCGACCGGAUCGGAUUCAUCUUCUCUUUAUUCAAUCUUACUGUAGCUUUAAUUUCCCAUCCCUUUACAUUUCCUCUACAUUAUCUUCCUUUGCUGUUAACCUUUCAUGUUAACAUAUGGAGAUUUAGCUUAGUUGAUGACUUGAUGUUAGAAGAAGAAGUGUGUUGUCAGAAUUCUUUUGUGUUGUUUAGAGCUUGCAAUUAAUAUAAUGCUGGUUUACAUGCAAGUAUUGUUUCAUGUGUUUCCCCCUAUUGUAAGAUGACUUCCUUGAAGGCAUAAUAGCUGUAAAAUUCUUUACCUUAUAA